AUGGACAAUUCAGUGUCAGAGAGUGACUUGAUUGUUGAUCUGGGGUUGAGCACGGUAAAUGCUGUUCGCUUAUCCUACCCAAAGCCGCACACGAUCUAUCUAUCUAUCUAUCUAUCUAUCUAUCUAUCUAUCUAUCUAUCUAUCUCUGUUCAUAUCUAUCUAUCUAUCUAUCUAUCUAUGUCUGUUCAUAUCUAUCUAUCUAUUUAUAUAUCUAGCUAUCUUAGUUUCUUCAAAUGUCUGUCUAUCCUUUUGUUUUUGAAUAUGUUUUAUUUAUAUUUAUCGUAUGUAUCUAUCUAUUUUCGUCUGUACAUAUCUAUCUAUCUAUCUAUCUAUCAGUCUAUCUAUCUUAGUCUCUUCAAAUGUCUGUCUAUCUUUUUGUUUUUAAUUAUCUAUUUGUUUUAUUUAUAUUUAUCACAUGUAUCUAUCUAUUUUCAUCUGUACAUAUCUAUCUAUCUAUCUAUCUAUCUAUCUAUCUAUCUAUCUCCUUCUGUUCAUAGUCUGUUUACAUCUAUCUAUCUAUCUAUCUAUCUAUCUAUCCUUCUUUUAUUAUUACCUUUUUCUAUCAUCAUGUUCUUUCUUUCUUUGCCAAAGGAAAAGAACUGUGUCAGACAAUCUAUUCAAAUAAAUAUUAUUUCCUUCCAUAUUUACAAACGCUAA